AUGGCCAACUACAUCGGCAACAAGUUCACGCAACAGGACUCGGACAAGCUGAGGGAGUUCGAGAAGCGAGCAGACCCCAACGACCGCAAUGCGCAGGCGCUGCUAGAGGAGAUGCGCCAGCACGUCAAGAAGGCGAGUGGACUCGAGGAGAUGCGCAAGAACGAGGACCCCCGCCUCUCCUUCUCCACCCCGGAGUUCCGAGAGGCUCAGCGGCAGUUCACUGACGCAUUCAAGAAGAACUUUGGGCGGCCUGUGGAGUGGGCUCUGGUGAAGGACUAUGCCUGGUCAACGCCCCAGCUGCGCAAGCUGGAGAAGCCUGUGGACGUGGAGGGCAACCCCUGGCCGCUCGACUCCCAGGGCAACCCCAUCCUCAAGACCUGA